GCUUGGGCAGGCAGGAACACAAGAAGGACGGGACAGCCUUGACUAGAGGUUUGGCAGGGUGCAGGAGCAGUAAACACCUGAGACACAAAGCUCACAGUGGAGAGCAUAUCACAGGGAAGGGUUUACGACCAGCGACAUGCUUUUUCUUUUAACCCAGGCCAUGGACAUCAAGGUACUUGUGAUGGUAAAUGGUUGAUGUGAUAAUGCAGGUCAAGAGCGUAGCUAAGUCUGGUAUAAUAAACUGAAGCCCCUCCAGUCAUCUUAGGUCAUAUAGUCCACGCCACCGGCUCUCGUUCCUUCCCCUCUGUCCUACAUCACAAGGUAUAAAGUGCAUUGAUCUGUCACACAUUGGAGUCAACAGAAUACUCAAACGGACCCGUGUUUCAUCAGGGCCGAGACAGGCUCACUGCAGCAGCUUAAACGGCCGGUAUCAAGAUGCCCGCCACCAACAGAAUCAUUUCUGACACCCGGAUGUCAGAUAAAGCAAAAAAAGCCAAAGCUGGAAACACAUCCACAGAGAAGAUCCCAGCAUACGAGUCAAAUAUCCCCGAACCAAAAUGCAGCGCUGAUCUCAUCAAACACUGGUUCAAAAUUUCCCUGGAUGACAAGACAGCCAAUAAGAUGCUGUGGAUCGGAGAAGAUGGUGCCAAGGUGGCCCGUAUGACUGAUGAUGUCACUUGUCCCGUUUUGGAAAGACCCGAGAGAUAUGAGUAUUCUCCCCAGGUUCUUUGCAGAGAAGGCAUCCUGGGCUUCAGAGGCUACUGGGAGGUAGAGUUCUCAGGGUGGGUCGUGGUCGGCGUUGCGUACGAACGAGCAGGAAGGAGGAACAGCGAUGGAUCUUGUGGCCUGGAAGAGAACGAAGAGUCCUGGGCUAUUGGCUGGUCUGGUUCCCACUAUCAUGCCUGGCACAAAGGCCGCCUUGUACAGAUCAUGGAGAUUCCUAAGUACUCCACAAUUGGCGUAUACCUUGACCAGCCUGCUGGCAUCCUAAAUUGAUAUGGUGUUGAGGAGGGAAAGGAGGGAGAGGAGAGCACAGGAGUCAAGGAGGUUCACAUUUUGCAGCAGAUUAAGAGCUCCUUUGAGCAGAAAAUGAUACCAGGUUUCUGGGUGGGGCCACAGUCACACUGUUUGGUCAUAAAGAAGGAGGAAUAAAGGACUGAAUCUGCAUUAUAAUAUUGCAUCAAAAAACAUAAAAGUCAGUGAUUAUUAGCUGAACUCUGGCUGAGAGAGA